AUGGGUGAUCGAGUAAGAGGCUUCCCGAAGAGGUGUAGAUGUGGAGAGGCUGUUGUAUGCUUGCCCUUUUGGGAGAGAAGGGAGAUUGAAGACUUGAUUGAGAAAGUGGAAAAUAUUGAAGGAACAUCAGCCACUUUGCAAAAGGGUUUCAACGCUUGCGAAAAUGAGCUUGAGAAUUUGGCUUUGGAAACUCGUGUGUGUGAGACUGUGGUUGAAAAAGAAAUUGGAGACUGUAAGAUGCAGCUGCGCAGCUUGAAGAACAUUGUUGUUGUUGCUAUGUUCAUUGUGGUCUUCUUGAAGUUUAUAUUUUGA